AUUUACUUGCUCUGCGAGAGCUCACUGAUCUCCUUAUAAUGUCUGCUCUUCGAGUAUCCCCCCUUUCUCUUCUUCGUAUCGCUCCAUCGACUGUGUCACCCAUCAAAAAACAUCUUGCAUUGCAGCAGUUUUAUUCUUCAUACCAGUCAAAAUGUCGACCUCUACUUCUUCUCUCGUUUCACGAACCCCCUCGCCAGCACCAACUACCCCUGCUUCAACGCCACCAUCAAGCCCUGAGCAGCAGCAGCAAGGCCAACAACAACAACAACACCGCCAACGACCGUCCCCUGGAUCGAUAUGGUUUAUGCCUCUUGGCACUCCAGUCUUGUUUGCUACGGAAGCAGUCUGUGGCCAGCCGGGGAACCACCCCGUCUUAGUUCUGCCGGACCACCCCUCCUCCCCGUUCGUCAACGUCCUAUUUCUCACGACAAUAAACACGGUCCAACGCUGUAACAAGAAGGAUUGGGCCUCAAAUUACCUGCCCAUCGAAGAGCAGCUGCAUCCCUUUAGGGACCCUGUCUCGCUUGCUUCCGGCUCUGCUACCCUGAGAUCACCAAGCAGUAUCAACGUGGGCUGUGUCUACACAAUCGAAAGAGACUGCCUCAGGGAGCUUAAUUUUAGGAAUCCAAGUUCGGGCGCUCCCACCUUGUCGGAGGCCGCGAUGGAAACGGUCCUGCAUUACACCGCGAACAAGUUUCACGACCAUGAUGCGCCGUGGAAGCCGCACGCAAAGCAGUAUCGCCCCGAGGCUGCUGUUUCUGCACCUCCGGUCUCGGUCGCCGCCCCUGUCGUCGCCGCCCCUAUCGUGGGGCUUAUCGCUGCCCCAGUCGCUGCCGUUGUGUCCUACGCAUCGGUGGCCAGCCAGGCUCCUAUCGUUACUGUCGAGGCAUCCGUGUCUCCUCAGGUUAACGCGGCUGUUGGCGUAAAGCGUAAGCUCUCACCUGGGGCUAAAGUGUUCCGACCCUCUAAGCAGAGGGUGCACCUUGUUUCCAGCGCGACAGCUUGAACGAGAAUUGCUUAGGUUUCUCUACACCUCUUUCUCUCCUUAGGUACUCUGACCUGGC